AACUUGUGUUUCUCUCUUUCAUCUUCUUCUUUUCUCUCUCUCUCUCUCUCUUUCUCUCUUUUUCUCUCUUUCUUUGCUCACUAUUUUAUCUUUUUGUUUUCAUUUAAUGGUUUUCAUUUCUUAAAGUUUUAUAUUUUUUUGUUUAUUUCUGUCAUUUGCCUUGGCCAUUAGUUUUUUUGUGAUCUUCUGGAAAGAGAAAGUUAAUUCACUGGUUACCAAUGCCCAUGAUGACCCGUAGAAACGGGAAACGGCGAAAAUAUGAGGUCAAACCUUCGCCUUCCUCACCUUUACCUCAUGAAUCACCUCAACAACUUCAAUCACAACCAUCAACUUCAGCCAAUGAAACCUCAAAUUCUUCACCAGGAUCAACAUCUACUACCAUUUCACCGUCAACCACAACAUUCCAAUCAUCAACAACCACUAUACCUUCAUCAUCAAUAGCCGAUGUUAACAAUUUAUGUCCACCUUUGUCUUCAAAUCAACCAAAUCAACCUCAAAGCCAAUGUUUGUCGUCCGUACCUCUAGUAUCUUCAAAUAAUAAUCAAUUAACAAACAAAGAUAACACCUCAAGUCAAGGACGAGUUGUAGGCAUAGCUUGUAAUACUGAUGACGAUGAUGCUCAUGAAGAAAUAGUCAAUCAACCACCACCACCAUCAUCAUCAGCUUCAUCUUCAUCUACAUCGACUUUAACUAACAAAAAAAAUGAUAGUUCCCCAAGAGUUUCCUUAGAUAAGAUUGCAAAUGAAGUUUGGUUCACUAUAUUUUCUUACCUUUUGGAGCAAGAUUUGUGCCGAGUAUCUCAAGUUUGCCUAAGAUUUCAUACCAUUGCCAAUGAUUGUGAGCUAUGGAAAAAUUUGUACAAUAGUGUCUAUGAAUAUGAUUUACCUUUAUUUCGUAAAGGACCAACCGAAUUUGAAUUUAUAUCUCCAGAUGAUUGUGAUGUUGUAAAUCCAUGGAAGGAAAGUUUCCGUCAAUUAUAUGGAGGUGCUCAUGUUAGACCGGGUUAUCAAGAAUUAGUUGAAAGAAAUCCAUUUAGAUACAAAGGACGAAAUGUAGUCUAUUUUGAUACAAUGGAAAAAGCUCUUAAUUAUUGUGAAGAGACUGAAGGUUUACAUGAAGUAGAUACAUCACUUACUUCACCUUCUGGAACUUGUUCAUCUUUACCUUCUAAUCACAAUCAUAAUAAUUCUGGACAACAUUCAUCAGCUUCUCCAACAACCGUUAAUUCAACCCUAAGGAAGGAAGAUAUUUCGAUCAAAGAAAAUUUUAAUCCACCAAUAAUUUUCAUCCAUUCGGGUACAUAUAAACCUGAAUGUCUUUUCAUUGAUUCGUCAGUUGCAAUGAUUGGAGCUGCUCCAGGAAAUGUUGCUGAAAAUGUUAUUCUAGAAAAACAUUCUGAUUCAACGAUAACUUACAUUGAAGGAUCACGUCGAGCUUAUCUUGGUUAUGUUACUCUCAAGUUCUCACCCGACAUAACCUCUUGUGUACCUCAUCAUAAACAUUACUGCCUCGAGAUCACCGAACGUUGUUCACCAAUAAUUGACCAUUGUAUCAUAAGAAGUACCUCUGCCGUUGGAGCGGCAGUUUGUGUUUCUGGACCAGAAGCAUCUCCUGUAAUUAAACAUUGUGACAUCUCUGACUGUGAAAAUGUUGGUCUUUACAUUACUGACCAUGCCAAGGGAAUUUAUGAAGACAAUGAGAUCAGUCGAAAUGCUUUAGCCGGGGUUUGGGUUAAAAAUCAUGCCAGUCCAAUUAUGCGUCGAAAUCACAUCCAUCAUGGACGUGAUGUCGGUGUUUUUACUUUCGAUUAUGGUCUAGGAUAUUUUGAAGCAAAUGAUAUUCAUAAUAAUAGAAUAGCAGGUUUCGAGGUGAAGGCCGGUGCCAAUCCAACUGUGGUCGGAUGUGAGAUUCAUCAUGGCCAAACAGGAGGAAUAUAUGUCCAUGAGAAUGGAGGUGGACAAUUUAUUGAGAAUCGAAUUCAUUCAAAUAAUUUUGCUGGUGUUUGGAUAACUUCCCAUUCUGAUCCAACAAUUCGCCGUAAUGAGAUUUAUAAUGGACAUCAGGGUGGAGUUUACAUUUUUGGUGAAGGCCGAGGUUUAAUUGAGCAAAACAACAUUUAUGGUAACGCAUUAGCCGGUAUUCAAAUUCGUACCGCAAGUGAUCCAAUUGUGCGUCACAAUAAAAUUCACCAUGGACAACAUGGUGGUAUCUAUGUUCACGAGAAAGGUCAAGGGUUAAUAGAAGAGAAUGAAGUUUAUGCCAAUACAUUAGCUGGGGUGUGGAUCACCACCGGAUCCACGCCUGUAUUACGAAAAAAUCGUAUCCACAGUGGUAAACAGGUGGGCGUUUAUUUUUAUGACAAUGGUCAUGGUCGGUUAGAAGAGAACGACAUUUUCAAUCACCUUUAUUCAGGAGUACAAAUAAGAACCGGAAGCAAUCCAAUGAUUAAGAAGAAUAAAAUUUGGGGUGGACAAAAUGGAGGUGUUCUAGUUUACAAUGGAGGUCUUGGUACCUUAGAACAGAAUGAAAUUUUUGACAAUGCAAUGGCCGGAGUUUGGAUUAAAACAGAUUCUUGUCCAACCCUUCGGCGUAAUAAAAUAUACGAUGGUCGGGAUGGUGGUGUUUGCAUUUUUAAUGGAGGAAAAGGUGUCCUCGAAGAGAACGAUAUUUUCCGUAAUGCUCAAGCCGGUGUUCUAAUCUCAACACAAAGUCAUCCCGUUCUCCGGCGUAAUCGUAUCUUUGAUGGCCUUGCUGCCGGAGUUGAGAUAACCAAUAAUGCCUCAGCUACACUAGAAGAGAAUGAAAUUUUUAACAAUCGUUUUGGUGGCCUUUGUUUGGCCAGCGGAGUAAAUCCUCACCUUAAAGGGAACAAAAUUUUUGACAACCACAAUGCUGUUCAAAAGGCUGUCUCCAAUGGUCAGUGUCUUUAUAAAAUAUCAAGCUAUACAAGUUUCCCAAUGCACGAUUUUUACAGAUGUCGGACUUGUAACACAUCAGAUCGGAACGCUAUUUGUGUCAACUGUAUAAAUACUUGUCACGCGGGACACGAUCACGAAUACAUCAGGCAUGAUCGGUUCUUUUGUGAUUGUGGAGCUGGAUCGUUGUCUAAUCAAUGUCAUCUACAAGGAGAACCCACUCAAGACACUGAUACUCUUUAUGAUUCUGCUGCUCCCAUGGAAUCUCAUACAUUGAUGGUUAAUUGACACCUCGUAUUCUCAUAAACUCUAUAGUUGAUUAAUUUUUCUAUCUAUUUAAUCAUUCUCAUCAUUAUUCACGUCGUCACCAUCUCAUCACAAUCAUCAAAAUUAUCACAUUAACAUCAAUUACUGCGUUUUUUGAAAUCGUCAUUAACACACACACUCAGUCAC